AUGAAACCAUUAACAAAUAAAAUUAAAAAUGAACAAACACAAUUUUUUAAUAAAAAAUUUAAUCGAAAUCAUUUUGAUAAAUUAAUUAAAGAUUGUCCAUUAUCAAUGGUAUCUAUUUUUAUUUAUCCAACAAUUCAUAUUCAUCAUUUAACAAUUCGAGAACAAUAUUCAAUAAAAAUUGAUCAAUCAUUUUCUCGAACAAUACCAUCACCUAUGUCUGAUGUACUUAAUGAAAAUGCAUUAAUUUUAUCAUCACCACCAAUUUCACCUUCAUUUAUUCAUGAAUUUAAUGAAAAUAUACAAGAAGAUGUUGAUAGUCGUCUUCAAACUGAUAUGGAACAAAUACUUGAUGCAGCUACUUAUCAUUCAACUGAAGAACAAGAACAUAAUAAAAUAUUUCUUGAACUUCGUUCAUUAAUAAUGUCAUAUAUGAAUAAACAUGAUUCAAUUCAAACGAUAAAUCUUGAUGAUUUACUCGAAACACUUGAUGAUAAUUAUUCAUUACCACUUGUUUUUAGUCAAUUAUUACAUUUAUGUGCUGCAACACAACGUUAUUAUCUUCAUUCAACUUCUAAUGAUAAUUUAUUUAUAAAAAAAAUUAUAUAG